CUAUAAAGCGUUAUGAUAAAACAUUUACGAAAUUCCGUGGCAUUAAAUUCAUAAAAGGCAUCACAAAAUCCACAAACCGCUUGUUUAGCUUACAGGUAAAAGCUCUCGAGUAACGGGGCUCUUCUUUUUUGUUAAAAAAAAUAAAUUUUUAUUUAUUUUGUAUCGCCGAGAAAACUCCCCCAUUACACCCCAUCCAGGAAGUAAACGGAGCGAACUUUUCCUUCUUCAGGUGGAGGGGCUUUUCCAUCUCGCUCGCAAUGUACCGCUAGCCGGCAGAGAAAGGGUAGAACAGACGAACAGGUUCUUACUGGCCACUUAUUUAUGUUUGUUUGUUUGUCACCGUAUGCACAGCAUAGUACGCAGACUUUGGCAUGCCUUCCGAAAACAAUCCCACUCGCCCGGGGCGGCCAGUAGGGUGGGUCGACCAAACGUUGGCGGUUCCAACGGCCCCGGUGGGCCGGACGAUCGCCACAAUCGUCCAACAUGCUGCUGCGGGCGGUGGGACUACUGCUUUUAUCGAGCCUCGUGGCGCGAUUGGAUGGGCGGUUUUUGGAAGUGAGCAAGCCGCCACCCGGAACCGUGGCGAUUGUGCCAACCGAGGACGAUGGCGAAAGUGUGCUGCACGGUCCGCUGUUUCACGAUCUGCAGCAGCUCGACCGCGAAAAAGGCAAGUACUCCAAGACCGUGGUCCACGUCGAGCGAUCGGUGAUAAGCGAGCAGCAGUCUAAUCGGUAGCGGUGGUUAUUGUUUCUUCUUUCCCUCUCCCUUUUUUAUUGUUUUUUUUCGGAUUGCAGCCAGUGAGAUGAUCUCGGUGAAACUGUUCAAUCAGUUCCACUCGAGAACGUUCGAUGUCGCCGAUGAGCUGGAGGGAAACGGUAGCAGAGAACUCGACGCCGAUCGGCCAUUACCUGAGGCUCGCGAUACUGUGGAUGACAGACGGAACGAGUUCGGGAUGGGUUACGCGCAUCCGGUGCCACCGGUCGGGUCGAUCGAUGCGAUCGAGCUGAAGGGAAAUGGGAUAGAGCAGGACCUGGCCCUACCGGACCCGAUCGCCGACGUACGCUUGCUGGACGGUUGGGCACAGCCGGACAGUCGGGAGGCAUCUGAGCACCGUUUGGCAGAGGACAGUUCCAUCGCUGGAGCACGGCAGGGUAAAAGAAAUUCGCUGACCACCACCACGACCACCACUAGCACGACCACGAGAACGACUACCGUGCGGAAGGUACGUCGACGCAAGACACGCCAGCAAACGAUCACCAGCACCAGCAGUAGUCCCAGGCCUCCCAGCACCACCAGGCGCACGGCAAGAACUACCGCACCGCCAUCGAGCAGGUUGACCACAACAAGCACAACAAGUCAUAGACCGCCUCGCCCGAAGCUGGACAUCACCAGGCUCAAUCUUGACCAUCUGGAAGACGAUCUCCUACUGUCCUAUGCCGCCCGAGCAUCUCCCCAGGCUCUCGCACUUGCCGCCGGUACAAUUCCACCGCCAGUCCGCCUACUACCCAGAAGCAUCCGGCAGGAGGAAGCGGAAACGAAAGCGGUCCCUGUCCCGUCCUGUGGCUGUCAGCGGACAUACCGACCUCAGCACAGCAAGCGAUCGCUCGCCAACCAUAUCUACUCGUCGGAGGAAACGAUCGAUCGGCGCGGUGACUACGACGAGUACGACGACUACGAGGACUAUGGCGAGCUGAAGUUACCGCCAGCGCCUGCACGACCACUGCUACUGCCUGCCAUGUCCCGGCUGCUGGCACCACCGGCGGUCGGUUCCGGCGAGCAUCCCGAGAGCAGUGUCGAGCGGGCGGAGAAGGUACAUGGGACACUGGAACGGUUGAUGGGCAUUGUGACCAUCUUUUCGCACGUGGACGAGUUUAUACAGCGCAAAACGAAGCAAUCGAUCCGCCGGCUGGCACGGUUGUACGAGAGUGAGGAGUUGGAUUAGGAGGAGGAGGAGGAUAAGGAGUAGUGCAAUGGGACGGGGGGUUUGUAAAUAGGUAAUUCUCUAGAAGUACUUUAGAAGAGCGAGAAGGUGCAAGUUUUGCUAGAAUAAAGUUCUAUUUGGUGAUAGUUUUUAAUGGAUUUAAAUGUUACAAAAAGAUGUUUUAAAGUGUAUUUUUUAUUUCCGUUGUUGUUGACGUCUAAUACAUAUCUGCAACGUAACAGCUUCAUGCAUCAAUGCUUACGCAAAGCUACAUUGCGCGCUUGCCUUGCGCACGGGCAGCAUUGCUCAUGGCUACAAAGCGCACAUUAACUUGUGCGCGUUACUUCCUAUUGUUAAAGCUAAUGUUUCCCCUGUUGACAUACGCAAUGGACGCUGGGGCUGCAGGGAGGCGGGAUGGGGUGGGGGAGGAGUGUUUUCAUAAACCUAUGACUAACACAAACACUUUAAAUUCCACCAGCGUCAUCUUUUCGCUGUCGUGAAGAUAGCGAGCAACAGAUAACAUGCCGAUAAACGUGGAUACAUUUUAGGUAGGUUGCAUCUGCACCCCCUCUUCGCUCACCCCUGCACAUGAGAACUUCUCUGUGCUGAGACGCAGCUGAGACUGGUUUCUGACGUGUGACCCACAAUAAUUAGUGGCCACAACCACAACCAUUGUUAGAUGCGCGCCUCAAACUCCUCCACCAUUGAAACAUGAAAUUGCUUGCGCUGAGAGGUCGUUCUGUACACUGCGUACACACGCUGUGCGUGCGCGCGCGCGCAUCCAUGGCCUACUCGGGCGGCGGGAAACGCAUGUUUCGGAAGUUGCUUGUGUGCUCGAUUUGGCACCCCCGUCGUAAUUGGCUACCAUCGAUCAGAUGAUCGGUGGAAAACGCUUCGAUUUGCAAAUAUGCGUAUGCGUCACGUACACAGUACCAAAAACACAAAAAAAAAAACAAAAUUAAACCUAACCUAGGUUUCUGGUGCAGUUUUGUCAAGGUGUUGGCUUUCCCGAAAUGGCAAUCAUUGCGUAUUGGCGCAGGAGUUAAAAAGAGCACGAUGCAGUUCGUUGCGUACGCGCCGCGUACUAAUGAUGCUGAGCGAAGCAAUAUACUGGACAUCAGGCGCGCGCGCGACGCAAGCAUUCCUGCGAAAUCAUCCGAUUUCCUGGGAACAAGUUUUUUUGCACAUUUUGGCAAAAAAUUAAAGCCACGGUUCCGGGAUUUUGCUGGAAUCGGGUACGGUUUACAGUUUGAUAACCUUUUCUCUCCCGAUUGCCGAUGUCAGCAAGGCGUCGGUGCCGAAGAGGAGGAAUCAGGGGAGAUACGGCUCAGGGGCACAUCCAGGGGCCUGUGCGAUCGUUGCAUUUUUCUAAAAAUGUUCCACGCGGUGGAAUCAAUCGAUCACUCCUCACCUUGGAUGCGAUCCACGCUAUUUGCCAUCAUGAAAAUAGGACUCCAACUUUUGUAGAACACUCAUUUGUAUUGUUGUUGUUUUUUUUAACGUAUUUUUAUUUUAACAAAUUUGUACCUUUCGCCGCGUCCGCCCAAACCCCCCAUCGGGGUCAGCGAGUGAGUGGCGGCCCUUAGUUCUUUGGCUUCAGCUCGUUGGCCGUCUUG